AGAGUGGACAAUUUUGAGACAAGAAGAAAACGGCUAUAUAAUCGACGAAAGCAUAGAUAGAUGGAACUAUAUCAGUAACAAACCAGAGAGCGGAUGUUUGAUUUCCGGGGCUUCUGUCAGUCUUGAAAUGGUAGAUUGAUUACUUGUGCUAUGUGUUAGUUACGACAACUAGCGGACGUAGAGGCGGCACGGAUGCAACCCCUGAAGUACAGCAUUAGUUGGGGCUGUGUUAAGGCGUACAGUACCUUCAAGUCUUGUGAUGCCUCAAUACUGUUACACGAACGCGCCAUGGAGUCGAGAUGAUUUCAGUGCCACGAACGAACACUCUAAAAGGUUCAGAAGAGGGUUGGAAAUCUCUUUCAAACCAUUCCCGAUGCCAGAACAAGAAGAGUUGCAGUUACCUGUCACAGUAAGCCGAGACGGGGGAAAACGUCUAGGUCUGGAUAAAGCUGAAGUGCUUACUCUACUGGUUAAAGAUGGCCAUAUUAGCCUGCUGAAGGGUAACUGUUCAUCGUACAAGUGGGCAUUUACCGUCAUUCGAAAGUUUGGCUUCACCGAAAAGUUAUUCUACUUCGAGGCUGGACGCAGGGCCCCGACAGGAGAAGGAAUGUUCAUCUUUGGUACCGAUAGGGGUAAACGUCUUCACAGUUAUAUAAUGGGUAUAAAGGAACACAUCCAGUUCGACUUGUUGUGCCAGAAGGGAGAGUCACCCGAGAGAAUAACCCAAUUGGCGCUUGGUACAGUGGAGGUUGACCAUACUGCGUCACUCAGUCGAACUCGCAGCAUCUAUAACAAGAUUACCGUUGGCCACCGCACCUCCCUCCCAGAACUCGGAAGGGUAAGACACAUCUCCCAGCCAGACCUCACAAAGACGAGCCAAACUUCAUUACUGAAUCCUAUCAAGUCCAACCAUUCCUCACAGCCAGACCUGACCAAGGGGUUAGCAGCUAUGGAUAUACACAAGAAGAAUUAGUUUCAUGGUACUGUAUAGUGUAUUGGUAUGUACAGUAGUACGAUAUACUGCAUUAGAGAAGAGAUCUGCUAUUCACACAUAAGGAAAACUCAAGUAGUGUCAUCAUCCUGUGAACCCAAGUAGUGACAUCAUCCUGUGAACCCAAGUAGUGUCAUCAUCCUAUGAACCGAAGUAGUGUCAUCAUCCUGUGAACCCAAGUAGUGUCAUCAUCCUGUGAACCAAAGUAGUGAC